AAAAUGAAAAGAGAAGUGCGCGUUCAGUUUCUGAAACCCUAACAAACGAAACUGCCACCGUUCCUCUCUAAACCACCGCUGGCGGCGGCACAACACCACCGUCUAUUGCUCUCAGAAAUUCAUCACAUUCUCAAUUGUGAAUUUCCUUAGUUCAGUAUCAUACUGAAGCUGGUAAAUUCGUUAUCAGAAUCAGAAAAUCCGAAACAGGUAUGGAUAAUAAUCUUGCUCCAAUGAGUAAGAAAAUCCGAAAGAAAAAGCAUAAGAAGAAGAAGAAGAAGGUAGCAGUAGCACCACAAGAAAAUGAUAAUUUGAACUGUAACAUGAUUUGUGAAUCUGAAAACACUGCGGCAGAAGAUAGGCCAAAAGAUUUGCAAAUUCCUCCCAUUGGAAAGUCUGUUCAAUGUAUGAAGAAGAAGCUUCUUGUUCUUGAUGUUAACGGGAUUCUUGCUGACGUAGUUUCACAUCCUUUCCCAAUGAAAAUAAAAAGAGAUGCAAUGAUAGCUAACAAAGCAUUAUUCAAGAGGCCUUUUUGUAGUGAAUUUCUGAACUUUUGCUUCAAGAGAUUUGAUGUGGCUGUUUGGUCUUCAAGAUUAGAGAGAAAUGUCAACAAUAUCGUUAGUUGUUUGAUGGGAGACAUGAGUCAGAAGUUGAUUUUCUGCUGGAACGUUUCGCAAUGUACUACGACAACUAUCGCAACUCUUGAAGACAACCGCAAGACAUUGGUUUUUAAGGAUCUGAGGAAAAUUUGGGAUAAGUAUGAUCCUGAUCUUCCUUGGGAGAAAGGAUACUACAACGAAUCAAAUACAUUACUUUUGGAUGACUCUCCCUACAAGGCGUUACUUAAUCCUCCAUACAACUCAGUCUUUCCAUAUACAUUCGAUUGUCGGAAUCAGCAAGACAAAGCACUAGCUCCUAAAGGUGCUCUACGAAAAUAUCUGCGUAGAUUGGCAAAGGCUGAAGAUAUGUUGAAGUUUGUAGAGCAGCACCCAUUUGGUCAACAACGUAUCAGUGAGACAAGUGAAUCUUGGGAAUUUUACCGCGGCGUUCUUUCUUCCCUUCAACCAAAAAAGUGAAAACGAGGUUCCUUUCAACUAGAGAAUAUCAAAUUAUACACUCUGCCAGCGGCUAAAUUAUUUAGACGGUUAUUUUGAAGAAAUUGAGACAUAGAAGACUCUUCCUCUUUGUGAAUACCUCUAACUCUAAUGAAUGGCACACAACUGUGUAUUUUUGCGUGGUUGCAUAUGAACCCCCUUUUCAAGUGCAAUCAAUAUUGUAUUGUGAUCAUGUUUAUCCUGCUUUUGGAUUAAAUGUACAAGGGCUGAAACAUUUUCAAAAGAAAUUCUUGUCUUGGAUUAAAUGAAUUUGCUAGAUUUAUUA